AUUGAAUGAAAAAGGAGACAAUGAAUAAGGAGUUCACUGAGAUGACCUAGAGAAGGAGGGAAGACAAUGGUGCAGAAAAAGAAGAGCUGUCCUCGGUUAUUAGAUUAUCUUGUGAUUAUUGGAGCCAGGCAACCAAGCAGUGAUAGUGUGGCACAGACACCUGAACUACUACGACGUUACCCUCUAGAAGAUCACACUGAUUUUCCUCUUCCUCCCGAUGUAGUGUUCUUUUGCCAGCCGGAGGGAUGCUUGAGUGUGCGGCAGAAGCGAAUGAGCCUGCGAGAUGAUACUUCAUUUGUUUUCACGCUCACAGACAAAGACACAGGUGUCAUUCGCUAUGGGAUAUGUGUCAACUUCUACCGCUCCUUCCAGAAGCGUGUGUCCAAGGAGAAGGCAGAAAGCAGUGGAGGACACCGUAUCCGAGAUGGGCAGAAAGCCCCCAAAUCUGGAGAUACCUCCAUUGCCCAAGAAGAGAUGGCUAAUGAGAGUUCAGAGAGUGGUGGUUCUCUGCAGCCACCAAGCACAGAGACCACCCCAGAUGUGAAUCGGUCACCUCGGAGUAAACAUCCAGCAAAAGGCACUCACCGUUCUCGUAACAGCACCCUGACCUCGCUUUGCAUACUUAGUCACUAUCCCUUUUUCUCUACCUUCCGUGAAUGUCUGUAUACUUUGAAGAGGCUGGUAGACUGUUGCAGUGAAAGACUCUUGGGAAAGAAGUUGGGCAUCCCUCGAGGAGUGCAGAGGGAUACCAUGUGGCGGAUUUUUACAGGCUCUCUUCUAGUGGAGGAAAAAUCCAGUGCAUUGCUACAUGAUUUGCGUGAAAUUGAAGCCUGGAUUUAUAGACUGCUUCGCUCUCCUGUGCCUGUUGCUGGUCAGAAGCGUGUGGAUGUGGAAGUCUUGCCACAUGAAUUGCAGCCUGCCUUGACCUUUGCCCUCCCUGACCCAUCCCGCUUCUCUCUGGUGGAUUUCCCGUUGCAUCUGCCCUUGGAGCUACUAGGGGUGGAUGCUUGUUUGCAGGUGCUGUCCUGUAUUCUUUUGGAACACAAGGUGGUGCUACAGUCUCGGGACUAUAAUGCACUCUCCAUGUCUGUGAUGGCAUUUGUGUCUAUGAUCUACCCACUGGAGUACAUGUUCCCUGUGAUUCCACUUCUUCCCACAUGCAUGGCUUCUGCAGAGCAGCUACUUCUGGCCCCAACACCUUAUAUAAUUGGAGUCCCAGCCAGCUUCUUCCUUUACAAACUAGACUUUAAAAUGCCUGAUGAUGUAUGGCUUGUUGAUCUGGAUACCAAUAAGGUGAUUGCACCUACAAAUGCAGAAUCAUUGCCAAUUUUACCAGAGCCAGAAGCUUCAGAAUUGAAAAAACACUUGAAGCAGUGUCUGGUUAGCAUGACUGCAAUCACUCAGCAACAGCUGCUCACGCCUGACAAAAAGGCUUUGGCCAGCAUGAGUUUGAAUACCCAGCCCAUUCUUAACUUAGAGAAGUUUCAUGAAAGCCAAGAGAUCCCACUGCUAAUGGGAAGAUCUCAGAAUGACCUGCAAUCCACACCUUCUACAGAAUUCAACCCCCUGAUUUAUGGCAAUGAUGUAGAUUCAGUGGAUGUGGCCACAAGAGUUGCUAUGGUGAGAUUCUUCAAUUCUCCAAAUGUUUUACAAGGAUUCCAGAUGCAUACCCGCACGCUUCGCCUCUUUCCCCGGCCAGUGGUUGCCUUUCAGGCUAAUUCCUUCUUGGCCUCACGGCCAAAGCAGACACCCUUUGCAGAUAAACUGUCCAAGACGCAGGCAGUGGAAUACUUUGGAGAAUGGUCACUCAACCCAACUAAUUAUGCUUUCCAAAGAAUCCACAACAAUAUGUUUGACCCUGCUCUGAUUGGUGAUAAGCCGAAGUGGUAUGCUCACCAACUGCAGCCAAUCCAUUAUCGUGUCUAUGAUAGCAAUUCUCAGCUAGCUGAAGCACUCAGUGUCCCAAUAGAGAGAGAAACAGAUUCUGAUCCUACUGAUGAUAGUGGCAGCGACAGUGUGGACUAUGAUGAUUCCAGCUCUUCAUACUCAUCCCUUGGUGACUUUGUUAGUGAAAUGAUGAAAUGUGACAUAAAUGGUGAUACUCCAAAUGUGGAUCCACUAACUCAUGCAGCUUUGGGUGAUGCAAGUGAAGUAGAAUUUGAUGACUUCCAAGAAUAUGCUGGUGAUAUGGAUGAACAAGCUCCAGAUAGUGAGAAUUCUCAAGACAAUAACCAGCCCCGUUCAAGUUCAAGCACUACAGCCAGUAGUAGCCCCAGCACCGUCAUCCAUGGGGUGAAUCAUGAAUCAGCUGAAUCAGUUGAUAUGGAGGAGAAGAUGGUAGCUGGAUUUUCAAAUCACCUUUCCAGCUUGCCCUUGCAACCAAAUUUUCCCAAGAUCAGUGUAGAUCGUCGUGAGAGUGAGAAUCCUGCAAUCAGUUUGAGUACUGUGGAUGGAGUGGUGAAAAAACGAGAGUAUGAUAAUCCAUACUUUGAACCACAGUAUGGGUUCCCAACAGAGGAAGAAGAUGAUGAACAAGAAGAAAGUUACACUCCAAGGUUCAAUCAGAACCUCAGUGGCAGUCAGCCUCAGAUGCUUCUUCGUCCCAACAGCUUAAAGCUGGGCAAUGACUCUGAUGCAGAAUCGGAUUCUCAUGCCAGUUCCCCAAAUUCUACAGUCUCCAACAAUAGCAGUGAAGGUUUUGGGGGCAUUAUGUCUUUUGCUAGUAGCCUAUACAAGAACCACAGCACAAGCUUUAGCCUGUCCAAUUUAGCACUUCCAACCAAAGCUGGGAGAGACAAAAACACUCCAUUUCCUAGUCUGAAAGUAUUUGGGCUAAAUACUAUAAUGGAGAUUAUUACUGAAGCUGGGCCAGUAAGCAAUGAAGGAAACAGAAGAGCCCUUGUGGACCAGAAAUCUUCUGUUAUAAAGCACAGUCCCACAGUGAAGAGGGAAUCUCCUUCACCACAAGGACGGACUAGUAAUUCCAGUGAGAAUCAGCAGUUCUUAAAAGAGGUGGUGCAUAAUGUCCUAGAUGGGCAAGGAGUUGGUUGGCUAAACAUGAAGAGAGUCCGACGCCUGCUGGAGAGUGAACAGCUCCGUGUCUUCGUAUUAAGCAAGCUCAAUCGUACCAUCCAGUCAGAGGAGGAUGCACGACAGGAUGUUGUCCAGGAUGUGGAAAUCAACCGCAAAGUUUAUAAAGGGAUGUUGGACUUGCUGAAGUGUACUGUGUCAAGCCUUGAGCAGUCAUAUGCAAAUGCUGGACUUGGGGGCAUGGCCAGUGUCUUUGGUCUACUGGAGAUAGCUUAUACUCACUACUAUAACAAAGAACCAGAGAAAAGGAAACGAAGCCCAACAGAUGGAGCAAUCACUCCGGUUGGCAAGGAUCCUAUUUUAGCCAUGAGGGUGGAGCCGAAACCCAAGGUGCAACUGCCAAUACCCCAGCUCAUGCCAAGGGCACCAAGUCCCGCAGGGAAAGGGCCAAGGGAGUUUGACACAAGGAGUCUAAAGGAGGAAAAUUUUGUAGCUUCUAUUGAAUUGUGGAACAAGCACCAGGAAGUGGCAAAGCAAAAAGCUUUGGAAAAAUCGAGGUCAGAAGGUACAAAACAUUUUUUUGAUCUUGGAGAGACUGAGGAGAAGAAGUCACAAAUCAGUGCAGACAGUGGUCUAAGUUUAACCUCCACUUCUCAGAAGAGUGAUCUGGACUCUGUGGCCAGCGUGGGACCUGCUGUUAUGAUCCGAAGCACCAGCCAAGAUUCUGAAGUUAGCACAGUGGUGAGCAACAGCUCUGGGGAGACACUAGGAGCAGACAGCGACUUAAGCAGCAAUGCUGGUGAUGGCCUUGGUGGGGAGAGUGGACGAAAUCUGGCAGGAUCACGAGGCACUGUAUCAGACAGUGAAAUCGAGACAAACUCCGCUACUAGCUCUAUCUUCGGUAAAUCUCAUAGUCCGAAGCAAACAAUAAAAGAUAAUAAAUGCAGCAGUCCUGGGAGAGCUCCAGAGGAUUCAAGCCAACGAGUUUAUCUCUAUGAAGGCCUUCUGGGGAGGGAUAAAGGAUCUGUCUGGGACCAGUUAGAGGAUGCUGCCAUGGAAACCUUCUCUCUGAGUAAAGAACGAUCAACUCUCUGGGACCAGAUGCAGUUUUGGGAAGAUUCUUUUCUGGAUGCUGUGAUGUUAGAGAGAGAAGGAAUGGGAAUGGACCAGGGGCCUCAAGAAAUGAUUGAUAGGUAUUUUUCCCUCGGGGACCAUGACCGCAAACGUUUAGAAGAUGAUGAGGAUCGCUUAUUGGCUACACUGUUACACAAUAUGAUAAUCUACAUGCUUAUGAUGAAGGUGAACAAAAAUGAUAUUAGGAAGAAGGUGCGCCGAUUGAUGGGGAAAUCACACAUUGGGCUUGUGCAUAGUCAACAGAUAAAUGAAGUUCUUGACAAACUUCCCAAUAUAGUUGGCAGGGAACUCCCAAUCCGACCCAGUGGCAGCAGACACAUCAAGAAGCAAACAUUUGUUGUACAUGCUGGGACAGAUACAACAGGAGAUAUUUUUUUCAUGGAGGUAUGUGAUGAUUGUAUUGUGCUGAGGAGCAACAUUGGCACCGUGUAUGAACGUUGGUGGUAUGAAAAACUCAUCAAUAUGACAUACUGUCCCAAAACUAAAGUGCUGUGUCUCUGGAGAAGAAAUGGCCAGGAGACCCAGCUGAAUAAGUUCUACACCAAAAAGUGCCGAGAACUAUAUUAUUGUGUAAAAGAUAGCAUGGAGCGAGCAGCAGCAAGACAACAAAGCAUAAAACCAGGCCCUGAACUGGGUGGAGAAUUCCCAGUGCAGGACAUGAAGACUGGUGAAGGAGGGCUACUCCAAGUCACAUUGGAAGGAAUUAACCUGAAAUUCAUGCACAGUCAGGUUUUCAUAGAGCUGAAUCACAUUAAAAAGUGCAAUACAGUGCGAGGAGUCUUUGUCCUGGAAGAAUUUGUUCCUGAAACUAAAGAAGUGGUGAUCCACAAGUACAAGACGCCAAUGGCUCAUGAGAUCUGCUACUCCGUAUUGUGUCUCUUCUCUUAUGUGGCUGCAGUUCGUGGAAAAGAGGCAGAAAGCAAAAGUAAACCACCUCGUCCAGUGUCCAGCUGAUUCUCAUCACUGGGAAAUACAGUGGCGUGUAAUACUUCUCUUUCUGUUCAUGUUACUGGAGCUCAUAUAACUGUCUCUAAUGAAAACUUGCUUUAUUUAUUACUCUGCAAGUUUUCUUAGAACUCAGAUUUAAUUGUCCUGUCCCAUACUGAAACAUAGCAUAGCAUAACAUAGCAUUUUGGAGCGGUCAGCAUCCCUUCUAGAACAGUAUGUGCUCUGCUCCUCCCAAUCCUUUGGAAUUUUCUUCUUCAACUAGUUCACGUGAGGUUCCACUUUUUUAUUUUCAUGGGUACCAUUGUUUAUUUCUUGAGUCUUGGCUUUCAGGUUUUCAGUUAUGUGUACAAUGGAAAUGGCUCAGAGCAUUGCAUGAAUUAUCUUUGUUGCUGUUAUUUAAUGCUUUUGUUUAAGUUCUCAUUAUUUUCUUCCUUUAUACCAGUCCUUCUGACAUGGAAGUCUCACUACAUGGCCCUUUUUGUUCUUAAAUUUCUUCAGCCCAUUCUUUGAGCAUGAAAGUAAAUGCAUACACCUAUUUAAUCAUUGCAUUUUUAGAGGAAUGGCUAAGAAUCAUGGAGCAGGAAGUAUUAGGCAAUCCUUUAAAAACUGGCUUGCAUGUACUGUACAUAUUCUUUUAAGUGAGAGACUAAUAUUUUGCUAACAUUCCAGUUCAUUUGCAUAUGCUCAUAGUGGUAGCUAGAACUCUUCAUGGUAAGCAUAUCGCAUUGUGAGGAAAGAUCAAAAAAACAAAAAAACACCCCAAUUAAAACCCAGUAUUGUGCUAUUGGUUAAAUCAUAUGGCAUUCUUAUGUAAGAUCUGGUUGCCCAGAGUGCACUCUGUAGUAUGAUGUCAGAAACGCAUCAGGUUAUGAAAACUAUUGUGAGGAUGCAGAAGUCCGAGUCAGUAGCACAUAUAUCCUUGUUUCAGGUCUCCUUUUAGUCGCUGCUUCUGUCAAACUGUACAUGUAUAUCAAAGAAUUUUGCAAAAACCGUGCUACUGUGCAAUGAAACCUCCCUUCCAGGUAAAGUAUCCACUUGACCCUUUAUUUUUUAGUUGGCUGAAAAAUUAAUGUUCAAAAUGUCUUUUAUUUUUCAUGGACUGUCCUGGACUCUAACGUUAAAAAAGCAUCAAGAUACAUGAAGGGAAAGGAUCUGUGCUAUGUAAUAAACUGUAGAACCUUUAACAGAUAUCAGGGUAUGAUACAAGUUGAAGAAGAUGUUUGGCAACUACCUUCAGAAAUUACCAGGCCUGUUUUCCAUGCAGUUUGAUCUGUGUGGCUAGUCAAUGGACUGUACUAAGCAUGAGUGGGGAGAUGUAAAUAUUUCAGUACCACAUCUAUUUAUAGAAAAAUGUACAGGUGUCUGAAUGUGAAAAUAAACUACCAUUAAACCAUCA